AACGGAAUGGAUGAAACACGUACAUCAUGGUGGGGCCCACAGAGCACCGACCACCAGCCCCAUGUAGCCAAUCGGUCUCCCCUAAAACGAGACCCCUUUUCUCUCUCCCUCUCAUCCACUCUCCGUCUGUCCCUCUCCCAGCGCCGGCCCUAGAGAUCUCUCCCACCUCUCUCUUCCUGUCGAUCUCUUCACGAACAUCAGAUAUGAAGACUUCUUUGGGGGUUAAAAAGCAAAAAAGUUCAACAAAGCUGAAGUCCUUCGAUGGAUCUGAAGAACUGAGCAUAGCCGAGAAACAAGAAGAUGAUAAAGGAACUCUUUCAACCCAUGAGAAAGAGCUUCAAAAGAUCCGGUCUAAAAUUGAGCAGAUGGAGAAAGAGAACUUGGAAACUAAGGCCUGGACUAUGCAGGGAGAGGUAACCGCCAGUAAAAGGCCGAAGAACAGUGCACUCGAGGUUGAUCUGGAUUUUGAGCACAAUGUAAGACCACCUCCUGUGAUCACAGAAGAGGUUACAGCAUCCCUUGAAGAAUUAAUUACAAAAAGGAUUAUUGAGGGGCAUUUUGGUGAUGUUCAAAGGGCACCUAGUUUGCCGUCUAAAGCACCAAAAGAACUCAAAAGAGCUGAGAUUGUCAGUGAAGAACGAGUGAUGUUCCAAUGCAUUCUAUGCAACUCGCUGAUUGUCACGGGUUCCAAAUUUUCUGUCUCAGAAGUUGGAAGUUUUUUCACACAAAAGCUGAGUCAAUGGAAGGCUAUAUUUAAGCCACCAAAAGCAAUGCGAGGAGGAAUCCCCAUUUGUUUCCCGCAGUUUGGAAACAGUGGAUCACUGGAGCAACAUGGGUUUGCAAGGAACAAGAUUUGGACCAUUGAUGAUGAUCCUCCACCUCUUCAUCCUGCUGAGUACAUUGGCAAAUCUUCUCUAGACUUGCUACUGAAACCAUCUGAAGAGGAUCUGAAGUGUUGGCCCCACUGUUUUGAGUUCCGUCUUAGAGUGGCUCUUGCGUUGAAUGGAGAUCUCACCAUGAUAUCGCGGAUUAGGAACCUCGACAGCAAGCCAUUUAGUUUCUCCUUUGCUUUCCACACAUUUUUCUCUAUUUCUGUCAUCAGGAAUUUCAAUGGGAGCUGUUGCUGGAAUCUCUGUUGCAGCGGUUGCCAUUAUACUAUUUCUAGUUUUGUCUAUACAUUGGUGCGUCUAGAAGAAAGAAACUGAAGAAGGCAUCAUUGCUUCGACCACCUUUCGAAGAUAACUCUAUUCACCAUGGAUAAGGUAAAUCUCUUGGUUAGGCAUUAAUCUCUACAUUUUCCUUUUGGGAAUGCUCCAAGGUUCCACCGAGGCCAUGGCAAUCUGAAAGUGAUUCAUGUUAG